CAUUUGUUUGACGAGGCAAAGUUCUAUUUUAUAAUUAUUACCAGAUAAAGGAAGAUUAGUUAGUCUAAGUUACUUUGUGUAACAUAAGUGAAUGAAAGCUGAAAGUUUAUGUUAAAUGAACUGUUUUACCUAGAGUGAAUAGUUGCAUCGAUUAUGAAUAAAAUGUACAAAAUUGUCACCCUCUUAGUUAUAUUAUGUAUUACACAAUCGUCAUCUUCCAUUUAUCCAGAAAUUGAAACAAGGAGUGGCUGGGUAAGAGGAAUAACAUUAAGAAAUACCUUUGGAACCACAUACCAUGCAUUUAAGGGAAUUCCCUAUGCAGAAGCUCCUGUUGGAGAAUUAAGAUUUAAGGCUCCAAAACCCAUUUCCAGAUGGGAAGAAACUCUUAAUGCAACGCAAGACAAACCACCAUGUAUUCAAAAAAAUACUUUAUUUAUUAAUCAUUCAGUGGAAGGAGAGGAAGACUGCUUAUAUUUAAAUGUAUACACAACAUCGAUUCCCCGACAUGAUGAAACGCAAGGAAAUGCGGUAUUGGUUUAUAUUCAUUAUGGGGGAUUCUUUGCUGGAUCAGGUGAUAGUUCUUAUCAUGGGCCAGAAUAUUUUAUGAACGAAAAUGUAACACUUGUUACGUUUAACUAUAGACUGGGAGUUUUUGGUUUUUUAAGUACAAAUGAUGACGUUGCCCCUGGAAAUUGGGCUCUCAAAGAUCAGACUGCAGUUUUGAAUUGGGUUCAGGAUAAUAUUUGUUAUUUUGGGGGAGACAGGGACAGGGUUACCAUUUUUGGACAAAGUGCUGGUGCGGCUAGCGUCCAUUUGCAUAUGCUUAGUCCAUUAUCAAAAGGUCUAUUUCACAGAGCUAUUUCUCAAUCUGGUACAGCCUUAUCAGCGUUCGCAAGACCGUUACCAGAAAUCCCUCUUUUGGUAGCGAGGGCGCAGGCUGCGUUUGUUGGAUGUGACGGUAAUGCCAACACGAGUGCCCUUGUUGACUGCUUAAGAAACAUUGAUGCUCGCGUUUUAGUAAAAUCAGUUGACUAUUUCAAGUUUUUUGGAGAUCAACCGUCGGUUGUAUUUAUGCCUAGUAUUGAAAAACGUACUUCUCUAAACCCGCACCCAUUUAUAACCCAAGAUCCCAUAGAAAUUAUCAAAUCGAGGAAUUUCAACAAUGUUCCUUGGAUAGUCGGUUUUGUUCAAAACGAAGGACUUAUCACAGCAGCAGAAUUACUUCGUAAGUCGUCGUUAAGAAAUGAACUUAUAUCGAAUUUUGACAGUUAUUGUCCACAGCUGUUAGGUUUGAAUUUCAGUACGUUUCCUAAUCAAACUGAUUUCGUAUGGACGAAAAUAAAAGAUUUCUACCUAGAAGGAAACACAAUUAAUGUCACGCAGCCUUCUACUUUACAAGGUUUUAUCAAUCUGUAUGGCGAUAGAUUUUUCAAUUAUCCUGGCUACAAAGCAAUUGAUUUGCACUUGGCUACGGGCCUACAUCCCAUUUGGGUUUACUCAUUUAAUUAUAAAGGAGAAUACUCCUACGUUGAUCAUUUUGCAAGAACAAACGAAGGCAAGGACUUGAUCGACUGGGGAGUGUGUCAUUGCGAUGAUUUGCUGUAUCUAUUUUCGAGUCCGGCUCUGUUCAAGCCACUGAAAUAUGACAGUAACGAUAUGCAAAUCAAUGUCUUCAUGACCAAAGCAUGGGCUAGAUUUGCAAAAUAUGGGAUUCCACAACCGUAUUGUUUUAUACGUUGGCCUUCGGCUAACAAAUGUAAUAAAGAGUUGAACGGUUACACGGAUUUCUGUUAUCUGAACAUGACUGGCUCGUAUGAAACACGGGGUCAAAUUUUCACUGAAAAUAAUUUUUUUACAAACAGAUUACGUUUCUGGAGCGAACUGCCCCUAUUUGAGAACUUUCUCUAUGACGUGUAAAUAACUUAGUGCUAGAUAGUAUUUUACAUUGAAUUGGACUGUACGUUAGUCUUCCGUAAGUUGAACCACUUGUACAUGCAUAUAAGUAAACUAUUUUUUUACCGUA